UUGGUCUAAGGCUCCGGACACAAGGUUCAAUUCCUUCACAUGAUGCAUGGGAGAGUAUUCUGGUCUCCGUAUGGAGGCGUGGGUUCGAAUCCCAAUUCUGACACUAUUUUUGUAUUUUCUUUGGGCUGUUCUUUUACUCAAACGCUAUCUUAUCGGAAGUACAUAUUAUAUUUUCGUAAUCCUAAUUUUUUAAUGGCAAAAGCAAUUUUAUGAGAAAUCUGAAAUUAGCACACCAUCAUAAUGAGACGUGCUCUUCACUUCCCUAUGAAUAAAUGACGAGACUAUAUACACUUGCUCGAGCACUUCACUUAUCAAUGAGAUCUUCUUGUUAGAGCAUAUAUAUCUAUCUCCUUGAACUUUUCCUCUCUCAAAUAAUUCAUUAAACCUUUCGUUUUAGUGAUGUCCGUCAGAGAAACUGUCAUAGUUUCUGUAGCAUGGCGGAGUGCCUGCAGAUGCUUUUGUUGGCUGUUAAGGAGCUUUGUCCUGCCGACCUCAAGCGAAAGCUCCCCUUGCCUACAGACUUCUUCAAGAAGUUAACGUCUGCACCUGAACCACCACUGGCGCCACCUCCACGAUGUAAAAGUGCUCCACCCACACGACGAAAACAAGAUUCUGAGCAAUCCCAGAAAAAUGUCACUUGGAUGACCACGACUAAUCAGAUCAAAGCUCCAGAGACUGGAACUUACGUAGCCUGGGAAGACUUCUUGUCGGGAAGAAUAGUGAUGCAAUCGACGACUGCAUCGCCCGACUUUCUAAUGACCACUUCAGCCAGAAGCUCCCGGGAAAAGGCCAGGGCGAGCUUUAUGGUGGCCGUCAAGAACCUGAGCUUGAAUCGGAGACGCGCAGCCAUCACAAGUUUCGCCCCAAAGGAGGGUCCCCGAAGUGAUCUGCAGCCGAUCGAGACGCACACAAUAUGGCAACAGGUCGCCAUGGAGGAGAAGAAAAAAAGGGCAGCCAUAGACACAAAGCAGACCGGAAGUGAACACAAAAGCAAAAAGAAGUGCAUAUCUCUUCAUUGUGACCACGUGUCUGCUGCCGUUGGCGAGUGCUUCCACAGGGUGCGCGCGCAGUCUGCAAGGAGAGCACGUGACAAACUCUCGUGGAUGGAAAGUAAUCAGCAUAAAAUAUUUGACGGCAAGUUUCGCGCUCUCAAGCCUUCCCAGUCAUUCCAUUCAUCUGUUUCCAAAGUUCAGAAGGUUGGACAGAAGCUGUACGGAAAGUACGAGAGGUCAAUAGUCACUGUAGCCGAGUGGUUUAAGCACCUCGAGAAGGAGGCCGAGCAGCUUGACAUUUCUAAGGAAGUCGAGGUUCAGCAUGUUCUUAAAAGACUUGAAUCGUUUGCUACUGAGAACAUAAAGGCCAUUCCCUUUGUCAAGGCUAAAGUCUGCCUUGUCAUGCAGUCUACCCCUAUCGCGGAUCUCUGCUCCGUUCCGAUGCAAGAAGCCCUACAGUUCCUGGUGCUUAAAAUAUUAGACUGCUCAAUGGUCACGUGCAGCGAGUGGAUGUUACAUCGCAAAAUUGCGCCGCUGAUCCUCGCUGACCCCACGUCACAUAGCAACCAGGUGAAACACCUUCGCGACUUGGCAAGAAUUUAUCAGCAGUUUACCAAAAGAGCCUCUAUUGCUGAUGGAAGCUAGACGGUGACCAUCCACAGAAGACAUCGUGAGCUUAUAAAACACAGACGCUUAUUCGAGUUAUUUAACUUUUAUCAUAAAACUUACCUUAUUAAGAAAACUCAUUAAUUGUCAGUUUUUGGUACGUGAAAGGCGAAGAAGGCUUAUUCCACAAGUUCAAGAAAAGAAUACCAUCAUUAUAUAUUCAACAAGAGUAUUAAUUGGCUGUUUCACAAUAAAGGAAAACAAAGAAGAAGCAGA